CUUGGCCAGCUCAACAGGUUGCUCGCUUGGACUUACACCUGCCCAAUGAUGGGUCUCGGGAGCCGUGGUCAUGACUGUGCGACAGCGGAGUCCUGAGCAGAGCGCGGCCUCUUCUAGGAUGUAGAUGGUGAGGAAGCUGUUCCGUCAACUAAAUGUGAAGGGGGCCUCGGCUGCAGGAAGUAGUGAUGGGGCUUUACAAAGGGCCGCGGCUGUUGGACUUUGCAAAGACCCCUCUGUACCUCCAGUUCAACAAAUAUGUCCUGACGGGCUACCGGCCGGUGUCCUCGGCUCAGGAGUGCCUCAGGAGUCUCUUCUACAUGCACAACGAGCUGGGAAACAUCUACACCCAUGGAAUCCCCUUUUUCCUCUUCUUGGUGCUAAUGCCUUUCAGCAUCCCCUGGAUGGAGGUGGACAACAUCUGGAUCUGCCUGGUGCACUACCUGGCCUGUCUCUGCCCCACCGUGGGCUCAUUGGUCUAUCAUGUGUUCAUGAACCACGUGGGGGGAGAACACGUGUACGACACCCUGCUGUCCCUGGACAUGUUCGGGGUCUGCCUGGUGAACACCCUCGGAGCACUUCCCAUCAUUUACAUCACCCUCCUGUGCUACCCCAUCAUACAACAGGCUGCCCUGCUGACCUACAUCCUCCUGUCGGCCUAUGGUAUCUACUGUGCCACCACGGCCCGCACCAACGUCCUGCGCCUGCAAGCUUUCAUCUGGCAGGCUCUGUUCCGCUUCAGCCUCUUCCUGUUCCGAGUGUACGGCAGCGGGGUGGGCAGCCCCAACUCCCUGCGCCUCUUUGUCAUCAUGGACUCGCUGGCUGUGCUGGGAGGGCUGGUCAACAUCAUCCAGAUCCCCGAGCGCUUCAGCCCGGGCCUGUUCGACAACUGGGGCAACAGCCACCAGAUAAUGCAUGUCAUGGUUGUUUGCUCCAUCAUCUACCUGCACUGGGGCACCCUGGAGGAUUUAGCCUGGAUUAAGACCUACCAGUGCCCGAAUGAGGGUUAGGGUUAUUCUGGGUGUGCCAAGCAACCAUGAACUAAACGCUGAUAGAAAUGAGAUUAAGUUUGAAAAGAGAGGCGAGUUGUGUCAAAAUGCACUUUAGUCCUAUAGCUGCUGAGAUUCUUCAUGAGGGAAGUUUAUGAUUUGACAUUUUGCGAGAGAAGAAUAAAAGGACCUGACUGUUGUAACUGUGAAACUCAUAUCAAUUAAAAAUCCUGAGCUUACUUGAUUUUUAGUUUGUUGAAAUGCAGUAGUUCUGGGUAUUUUUAACCCAUAACCAAAAUAGAUAUUAAAUGGACAAUGAAAUUAUUAUAUGUAAUAAAUUAUAUUUUUCUA